AUGUUUCAGGGUUUGGUUGGAGAGGAGAGCUCCAACGUACAACCUGAAGAUUCCGAAGAUCAAAGUAUUAAAAAAUAUACAGAGAUUCGUGAACCCAAUCACAUCCCUGGUUCAAGGGAUUCAAAACAAAUCGACAGGACGGAUUCUCUUCUCUCCGGGUUUAAUUUAAGAGACGGAGAACUAUCGUUUCCUCUCCAUGAACCUACUGGAGAGAAAACGAGGAAAACCUAUGAUUUUACGAAAACAUUUCACGUUGGGUUGUCCUGUCAUGAUAUUCAAGCAACUCAAGGCGCAACCAAGUCAGGGGUUUAUCUCAUCCAUCCUGCAAACCUUGCUCAGGGUCCCUGGAAGGUAUACUGUGAUCUAGAGACUGAAGGGGGAGGUUGGAUGGUUUUCCAGGUGAGAGAUGAUGUUGAACCUCAUGAGAACUUUAUGCGGGGAUGGGAGGAUUACAAGGUAGGGUUCGGAGACUUUGAUCGAGAGUUUUGGCUUGGAAACAUUCUUAUCUGGGCGCUCACAAACCUGGAUAAUUCCACCUUCUACGAGUUGUCGAUAGAUCUGGAGGAUUGGUCCGGGAACAGAAGGUUUGCAAGAUACAGAUCCUUCAGGAUGGGAAGCGAGAGAGACGCGUUCCGUCUCUAUCAUCAGAACCUGUACUACGGGAACGCCGGUGACUCCAUGUACAGCCACAACGGUCUACCCUUCUCAACCUUCGACGUGGACAACGAUAACAGGGAUGGGGAGUUCUCCGAGAGAAGUUGUGCUAGAUUGUAUAAGGGUGGUUGGUGGUAUGGUAACUGUCAUGAUGCGAACCUGAACGGUUGGUAUUUGGGAGGAUCCCAUCGAUCCUUUGCUGAUGGGAUAAACUGGUAUACCUGGACCGGAUACAACUACAGCUUAAAGAAAACAGUAAUGAAGCUCCGACCUCAGAUCAACGGACCUAUUGAUGUAGGAUACGGGAACUAUAUUCUCUCCGUCCCUGUGGAUAAAGACGGACGGAGAAAGACGAGUCGGAGCGAAGAGGAGGAGGAGGGAAGCGGGGCUGAGUAUAUGGAGGAGAAACCAAGGCAGAGUAGAGAGAGUAGGAGGAUGGAUGGCAAAUAUGAUGUAUCCGAACUCCUCUCAUCAACAAACACGUUAACCAACCCUAGUCGGAGAAAAAACCGCUCAGAACUUUGAUAUUAAUGUGUUCAGUGCAUGUAACACAACUAUGUCAAGUAGAAGGGGGGUUGUGUGGGCAUGCAAAGAGAACUAUGAAAAACAGAAGAGACUGUUAGCUUUAUACUUCAGUUGUACUUUCCAUUAACAAUAUGACUUCAGUUACAUUUGUAAAUCUCUAUUUGUUUUUAAUUAUCAUGAAGUAUUUUUUUGGUUGAGAAUACACAAUAUACAUCUGAAUUAAUAAAAAUUGCAUUCGUUUGUUAA